UUGUUAUCAGUGCGUUCGGCGUCUACCGCCGACUUUUGAUCUGUUGCCCUGAGGCUUCGAAUACAUAAUUAAGGGAGCUCAAUUACCUGCCGAAGCUGAGGUCGUCUAUUUCACUUCUCCAACCCAGAACACUUGCGCAACCAAAGUCAUCGGAAAGUCAGCGACGGGUCAUCGUUCACCCGAUUCGGCGAACUCGAAACCUCCUCGGGGCCGAAACGCAAGCCAGGCCGAAGAUACACAAGGGUAGCUUCCCACUCCAACGCCGCGUCAUGCUCCAACCACGAACCCGUGUGUUUAAUUUCUUUUAAAAACCAUCAGGCCAUCACAGCCACAAUGCCAACUCUUAACCAACCUUACAUUCUGUCAAACCGUCGAAAUGGGUCACCGUAUCGCUGCCGUCGAACUGCGCACCUCUUCUGGCAUCCACUCACAUUCGACAGGAACCGAAUACGAUUAGUGCUGCAUGGGAUUUUAUCCUCGGAAAUUCUAUGCCGCUGCGCCAAGCACCCCGCUUCUUCAAAGGGCAUACAUUGCGUAGUGCGCCCCUAUCGCCAUGGACGCCGUACUCGUACGGCGAUGCGCAGAUUGCACAAUUAUUUGGGGGCUGAGUUGUGCAAGACGGAGAAGGUUUUCGAAUCCCGAGAGCUCCAGUACGAGUACGACCCCGCAGUUGGAUACGACUGGGUACGGUUAUGCGAGUGCAGCUUUCGGGAUCACAACCUCGAAGAAGAAAUGCGUAAAAUUAUGAGCAUCAGGCCAUGUGAGAUGAGAUACUGUUCGUGGGUUCUUAUAGGGUUUAGGGGUGAGAUUUCUUGCUCCGAACAUGCCGGUAGGGUGGUGGAAUUCUGCCCGGUUCAAACCCCCACCUUCUGAAUUGGCGUUGAUUCCACAGCCAAAGUCGCCACAAAUGAUGACAUGCAC